AUGUGUAACAGGAAGAGGAGGUAUGAGACCAACGUGUUUGAAGAUCCGGCCGUCCGUCGGAUGUUUGCCACUAAGGUCCUUGCGAUAGUGGGCAUCAACUUGACCUUUACCACAUUGGUAAUGACGAUUUGUAUAUUGGUAAGACCCAUUAGGCGAUUCUUACAAAUUAACUGGUGGAUUUGGAUACCCGCCGCUGUCAUCAUAUUCAUAAUUCAUAUUAUGAUGUGCUGCUUCCAAUCUCUCUUCCGAAAGUCGCCCCUUAACUGGGUGCUGUUGGUAAUAUACGUCAUAUGUCAUGCCGUUUUAGUGUCCUGCUUUGCAGUUCUAUAUCGUCCUCUUCUGGUUUUAAUGGCCUUUGGAGUAUGUGCCAUCCUGGUCGCAUGUCUUUCUGUCUUCGCAAGGAUCGCACCAUGCGAUUUUACCGCUUGCUACACAUUAAUUUUCAUCUUCGGUAUUACCGUAUUAGCUCUGAGCAUACUAGCUCUCUAUCUCAGAAGUGUCUAUGUGGUAUAUUUAGGCUUUGCCGUGAUCGCAUACUGUACAUUCAUUGUUUAUGAUCUUCAAAUGAUUGUAGGCGGCAAAAUUCACAAGCAACAGUAUGAUGAAUCAGAUUAUAUUAUUGCUGCCAUGUGCCUUUUCAAUGACGUCGUUUACCUCUUUAUGUUCAUACUAGAGAUCGCGGGUUUGAUAGAUGAGGACUAGUAAUAUUGUCAUUUAAAUUAAAGU